UUAUCCCAGCCGCCUUGGGCAGGGGCUUGAGGGCAGAUGGGGCCGGGCUGCCUAAGCGGCCGCGGGGUACAUUCUGACCCCAGAAUCAGUGCCAUUUGCAGUGGAGCCAGCGAGCACCGCGGGCACAGGGAGCGCUUGGCUCCUUGGCCUGAGGGCCGGCACCUUGUGUGCUCCUCCCAACUUGGCGCCUGGGUGGGGCACAAGUAUGAGUCUGCGGGGCUCACCGGGUAGGGAAGGGACCAAGACUUGGUUUGCAUGAGCCCGCCUCCGCCCGACUGAACCCUUCGAUUGGGCACUGAGAAUGUGUGCGUUUGUUUACAGCCAGGGAGGGGGAUGUCAGGGGCGGGGCCUAUGGAGAUCCAUCCUUUUCCCCCUACAGUGACCUGUGCUCUGAGCCCAGGUAUGGGCUCUCAAAUGGAGCUCUUAGCCCUGAAGAGGGCUACGUCAAGGCCCUUGAUACCUGGUGAACACUGUAAAGGGCACUUCCACUCAUGGUCAUCCUUCCUUCAGCCUGCCAGCUCUGUCCUUCUUCCUAUGACUGUGCUGCCACUGUGCUGCCCUGGAAGAGGCCCUUGGACUUUCCACUCCUUCCUCUUCAGUAAACAGUCUGGGAUGGGGCCUAUUUCCUUCUGGAAAAGCACAAAUCCCUUGGGGAAUCUUAGUUUGGGUGCUAGAAAGCUAGAGAGAUCCAAGGACAGUUCCAUAUUGAAUGGGUGGAGGAAGUUCAGCAUAAGCAUGGAACCUCAGGAAAGGAGGGAUAAGAAAUGGGUGAGGUGAGGCCUGGCACAUUUCUGAAAGGACUGGAAUAAGUGAAGUCAGGAAGGGGGAUCUCUGACUUUUAGGGUUGGAGACAGGGGACUGCACCUCUAGGGAGGGUGGGAGUUUGUGUUUCAGAAUUUUAUUCUGUCUGGGUCCAUGAAGCCCAUAUCCUCACUGGCCUCUCACUUGUGGGCGUAUAUUUUGACCCCCAUUACAAACUGUCCCCACCCCAGUCCAGGGAUUCAGGUGGACAGACCAUGAGAGUUGGCUGUUUCUUUGUGUCACCACCUCAACAAGCUGCCUGGAAGCCCUGGGAAAAUGGAGAAAUUGAGUCACAACAGACAGGCUGGGUGAUUCAUGGUCUCUGGGUGGGUAAGAGAAGGAUUGUAAGCUGAAGUGAGAAUACUCUGGAAGUCUGGGCUAGGUGUGGGACAAGCACACAAUUUGAAGGGAAACAUGCUGGCAGGAGAGUAGAGGGUGGCUGGCUACCAAGGAGGUACAAUUUUGGCAUGUGAGUGCAUAAAAAGGUGGGCUGGACUGGGCUGUGCAGCCUAUGCCAUAGUAAAAUGGGGACCUUGUGGGAGGAUAUUCUAGUGCAGGCAGUGCCAGGACCAGACCUCACUUGGAGCAGGCAAAAUAGGCUGAGGACUUGCUCAUGGUCCUAAAUGCAUUCCACUCACUUAACAUUUGCUGAGCACCUACUAUGUUACCUGUAUAUACUCAGUCUAGUGGUAAAGGAUGGGCCUUUGACUCUGCAUGGGAGGACAGAUACAGGAGAACAGGGUGGGGCUCUAGAGGAUCAGGCUGGGUGUUUGGGGGCCAAAGGGAAAGACCAGCUGCUAGGGCAGGAGGGGCUUUCCGGCCAGUGGCUUGGGGUGGCUUGGUUUUGAAUUUCCGCUCUGCGGGCCACGUCCUGUGCACAGCCUCUCAGCCAGCACGUCUGCACACGUGCAUGGCUACUGAUAAUGGGGGUCACUCCAACUGACCAUUAUCUCUGCAUGUCUUUUCCAUUGUUCAAGUAGGCAAAUCCUGGGUGCUAGAUCUCUGGACUUUCCAGCUGGGCCUGGCCUUGUGGCCCUAGUGGGCUCAGCCCCAGCCCCUGAAUGUAAUUGUAUCUGGCCGUUAGGGGCAUAACCUGCCCUGUGGGGACCUGGAGAUGCAAUUGUGGCCUUCUUGUGAGGUCUUCCAGGGUUCUGUCUGGCUAUCUCUUCAGUGUCAUUGGGCUUGCUGCCUCCUCCCUGGGCCUUCAGACUCCCUCUCCCCUUCUUACUGCUUCUGGAGCUCUUUUUUUUGGGGGGGGGAGGAGGGGCCUCUGUCUUUAGUCUCUUGCCUCUUGUUAUUUCUCUGUUUCUUUCCAUCUUGCAGUCUCUGACUGGUUCAUCAUUUCUCUAUCUAUUCCUUACUUUUCUAAUUGUCUCUAACUCUGUCUCCCUGUCUGAAUGUAUGUCCAUCUAUAUAUAUGUGACUUUUGUCUCUCUAUAUAUACAUUGUUUUCUAUGUCCCUUUAUAUCCAUCUGCAUUUCUUUUCUUUUUUUUUUUUUUGUUUGAGACAGAGCCUCAAGCUGUUGCCCUGGGUAGAGUGCCGUGGCAUCACAGUUCACAGCAACCUCCAACUCCUGGGCUUAAGUGAUUCUCUUGCCUUAGCCUCACAAGUAGCUGGGACUACAGGCGCCAGCCACAACACCUGGGGUUUUUUUGUUUGUUUGGUUUUUGGUUGUAGUUAUCAUUGUUGUUUGGCAGGCCCAGGCUGGAUUUGAACCUUCCAGCUCUGGUAUAUGUGGCUGGCGCCUUAGCCACUUCAGCUACAGGUCCCAAGCCCCAUCUGCAUUUCUUUUUUUUUUUUUUGUAGAGACAGAGUCUCACUUUAUGGCCCUCGGUAGAGUGCCGUGGCCUCACACAGCUCACAGCAGCCUCCAACUCCUGGGCUUAGGCGAUUCUCCUGCCUCAGCCACCCGAGUAGCUGGGAUGACAGGCGCCCGCCACAACGCCCAGCUAUUUUUUGGUUGCAGUUUGGGGCCGGGUUUGAACCCGCCACCCUCGGCAUAUGGGGCCGGCGCCCUACCGACUGAGCCACAGGCGCCGCCCAACCAUCUGCAUUUCUUUAUCUCCCUGGGCCUCUCUGUCUGUCUCUGUCUAUGGGUCAGUGUGCAUGGACAUAUGUAUUUAAUGUCUGUGUGUUUUCUUUCCCCCACUCUCCCUGUCUCUUUCCUUCUUUUGCCUUGCUUUGCUUCAUCCUGAUUUUGGACAUCACCCCUCCUCCAGGCUGAUUUGCCUUUAGGGCCCCCCCCCACCCAAGUCAGGGUCUCCAGUGAGUCCUAAACUGCCCGAGGCCUGUGCUCCAGCUUUCUUUUGGGCCAGAAGUCCGGCUGUCCAAAUAUUUGGCCACCUCCAGGGGAUUCCGGGUCAGCAGGAAGGAGAAAGGACUGGCUGGCGCAGGGUCUUCCCUACCUCUGGGGGGGCCACAAUCACGUGAUGUCCUGUCCUUUGCUUCAGCUGGGCCUUGGGCUGCACGUCCCUCUCAGCAGGCUGGCAAUGAGGGGGAGGGGGCUGCUGCUGGCUUUAGUCCACUCUUGAACCAAGAGGUUCUGAUUGUGCCUCACUGGGAGCAGCCUGAGCAAGAAGAGUCCAGGUCUGGAUGGGAGGGAACACCAGGGAGGCUGGAGCUAGGCCCAACUAUAAGCUUCUGUUAGAAAAUGUACUCUGUCACAGGAAGGUCUACCUUCCGGCCCCAGCUGGGUCUCUCAGAUCCUCCUAGACACCUCCGGAUGCCCAGAACACAGAGGCACAGACCCCAGAUCCCAGGGCCAGGGAGUGGGUGUGUGUGUGUGUGUGAGGGAUUAGUGUGGCCAGUAUAUCAAUGCUCUGGGCCAUUUGCCUUUUUCCUGGAUGUGCCCCUCCUGCAUGUCACCCCCUUCAAUACCAGCCCAAUAUUGGUCACACACUGGCUACUUGCAUUGUUGUUUUGUGUUGUUGAUGAUGAGGGAAUUGGCAGAUGGGGGACUGGAAUCCAUUAGGGUCAAAAUAUGGAUAUAUGGGUCUGAGGGAGAGGCAAAGGAUGUCUUUUCCCUGUUCAGAUACUCUUCUCCCACUUGCCUUAUCCCUGAACCCCUGACCUCAGCUCCCACCAAUCCCUGUGGUUAUGCCUUGAGACAUAUAAUUCAAACAUGUCAAUUGCAUCCGGUUUUCUUGCUUGCUGGUGGCUUGUCCUAGGAGGGAGCGUCUUCCCUCUGAAACUUGCAGAAGCAAGUGAACAGAGGGGUAGCUGUUUAGAUGGAUAAAUGAGCUGAGCUGGAGCUGGAGUAGUCCUCAGCCAUGAGCCCCAUGGGAUGAGCACAAUGGAUCCUCAAGCCAGGCCAUCUGCAUCUCUCCUGAGAUCAGAGCUGAGUUGAGUGCUGCCCAGGCACAGCAAGCUUCGUGGAAUCUGUGCCCCAAUCGGUGGAUGUGGCCACAAGACCAAGGGAAGGACAGUAUGGAUGCCUCCUGUAGCCAUCUCACUAUCACACCCCCACUUAUGUCUCUGAGCAUUGCUGGGAAGGAAAGAAAGGCUCAGAGCCCUGGGGACACCAAGGACCUCCAUCCUUGGACAGAGAGGUAUGCUUCCUAUAGAGGCUGACGCAAGCAGCCACCCCAAGGUGGCCUGGAUUCCUGAGCCUCAAAAUCUUUAAUUAGCCAAGCUCAACACCUGCCAAGGUGUGCCUGACGUAUUCUCACCCUGUGAUGUCUGCGUGGGUGGGCGUUACCUUCUAUAUCAUCCUUGUGUCUCCUGGUCCCUCCUGGCUCUUAUCUCUCAGAAGAGCAAACAGGUCCUAGGGCAGUGGCCUUGGCCAUCGAUUUACUGCCUGGGCCCAUGCUGCACCCAUGAAAGAUGCCAUUCUAAUGAUCUGCCCAAAGUUGCAUAAUCUCCCUGACCUAGCACCAGCCUCCUCUCUGGGUAUCCAUGGCCUGCCCUGGGGGUAAAGGCCUUAGGAAGGUUACUCACUGUACAGCGUGGCUAAGCCUCAAGGGACCCCUAGAGGACAGGGCGAUGCUGAGGGGUCUUGAGUAGGGAGUACUCUGCCCCUGGUCACAGUAAGACAGGACCAAGCCAGGACUUAGACUCAGAGUGUCUACUCUGGGCUUUCACCACAGUAAACAGGCUCUGCUGGCAGCUUUUUCCUACAUAGGGCUCUCCCCUGAGCUUGCCCUGACUCCACAAUACAUAGGACUCUGGGAGGCCGUAGGUCUGAGGGGUGGGAGCUGUCAAGUCUCAACAAAUGGCCAGAGGCCCACAUGCCAGGCCUGAGCUAAUCCCCACUGUAGUCCCCCAGGACUCAUUCUGGCCCUAGAUGUAAGUACAGACCCCUUGGCCUGGCUGUUAAGGUUCUGUCAGGCUUAUCUGUAGCUAUGGAACCUUCACUUCACCCUCACAGCCUGCCUUGCCCCUCACCUCAGGGCCUUCACAUGUGCUUCUGUCCUCUGCCUGAGGCACUCUUUCCUAAUGGACAACUCAGGGGCUCCUUCUGGAACUUUGGGACUGGCUUUACCACCUCCUCCAGGAAGCCUUACUUGAUUCCUUUUUUUGGAAGGCAGCUAUGCUCACCACUGUACCACCAAUGUCAGCACUUGAUCCUUUUUUUGAAUCCCAGUAGUAUGUGAUUCAUAUUCAGUUGCAGAAAGAGCUAUAGGGUGGUGGUAAGGGUGGUAUGGGGAGUGUCUUUUCCAGACUAGAGGUACUUGAGGCAGAGUAUUCCAUGUCCUUUCUGUGAUCUCAGGCCAGCCCAAGACUCAGCAAUGACUGAUCAUGAGUAAUAGCCACCAAGCCCCAAAGAUCUAGGCCCAGGUCCUACAGAGGGGUUGGGAAACCUGAAGCCAGGACCUCAGACACCUGGGGCCCAUGCCAUGGACUGUGGUCUCCUGAGAGGCAGUGCCUGGCUACUAGGGAAGGAUAUUAAGGCAGAGAAGUGUGCUUUGUCCAGCCUGCCAAUUCAGCACACUCUGAGGGCCUGUCCGAGCUUGCCCAGGGCAGGGGGCUGAGUGAGGACAACCCUAAUGGAGUGCCAGGAGCACUCUGGAGUGACUCUGCAGACCAGGCACCAGCACCUCCACACCCAGUGCUCCUAGUGGUGUUCCCUGAGCCAUGGAAGCGCCUUUGCAGACAGAGAUGGUGGAGCUGGUGCCCAACGGCAAACAUUCAGAGGGGCUGCUCCCAGUCAUCACCCCGCUGGCAGGCAACCAGAGGGUUGAGGAACGCGGACGGAGCUGUGUUGAGGGCAAGGGCUUCCUGCAGAAAAGCUCCAGCAAAGAGCCACACUUCACUGACUUCGAGGGGAAGACAUCAUUCGGGAUGUCAGUGUUCAAUCUCAGCAAUGCCAUCAUGGGCAGCGGCAUCCUGGGGCUCGCCUAUGCCAUGGCCAAUACAGGCAUCAUCCUUUUUCUGUUCCUGCUGACAGCUGUUGCCCUGCUCUCCAGCUACUCCAUCCACCUGCUACUCAAGUCCUCAGGAAUUGUGGGCAUCCGUGCCUAUGAACAACUGGGCUACCGUGCCUUUGGGACCCCGGGAAAGCUGGCAGCGGCCCUGGCUAUCACAUUGCAGAACAUUGGAGCCAUGUCCAGCUACCUGUACAUCAUCAAGUCCGAGCUGCCCCUUGUCAUACAGACCUUCCUGAACCUGGAGGAGAAAACCUCGGACUGGUACAUGAAUGGCAAUUACUUGGUGAUCCUGGUCUCUGUCACUAUCAUUCUGCCCCUGGCACUGAUGCGGCAGCUUGGCUACCUGGGCUACUCCAGUGGCUUCUCUCUCAGCUGUAUGGUGUUCUUCCUAAUUGCAGUCAUCUACAAAAAGUUUCACGUGCCCUGCCCACUGUCCUCCAACUUCACCAAUAUCACAGGCAACUUCAGCCAUGUGGAGGUCAUUGAGGAGAAGGAGCAACUGCAGGUGGAGACUGAGGCUGCAGCCUUCUGCACCCCAAGCUACUUCACACUCAACUCACAGACAGCAUACACCAUCCCCAUCAUGGCCUUCGCCUUCGUCUGCCACCCGGAGGUGUUGCCCAUCUAUACAGAGCUCAAGGACCCCUCCAAGAGGAAGAUGCAGCACAUCUCUAACCUGUCCAUUGCUGUCAUGUACGUCAUGUACUUCCUGGCUGCCCUCUUCGGCUACCUCACCUUCUAUGAUGGGGUGGAAUCAGAGCUGCUGCACACUUACAGCAAGGUGGACGCGUUUGAUGUGCUGAUCCUGUGUGUGCGCGUGGCCGUGCUGACAGCAGUUACACUCACGGUGCCAAUUGUUCUGUUCCCGGUGCGCCGCGCCAUCCAGCAGAUGCUGUUUGAGAACCAGGAGUUCAGCUGGCUGCGGCACAUACUCAUCGCCAUCUGCCUGCUCACUUGUAUUAACCUGCUGGUCAUCUUUGCCCCCAACAUCCUGGGCAUCUUCGGGGUCAUUGGUGCCACAUCUGCCCCAUGCCUCAUCUUCAUCUUCCCUGCCAUCUUCUACUUUCGAAUUGUGCCCACUGAGAAGGAACCUGUGAAAUCUACCCCCAAAAUCAUGGCUCUUUGUUUUGCUGUGCUUGGCCUCUUGCUGAUGACCAUGAGCUUGAGCUUCAUCAUCAUUGACUGGGUUUCAGGGACUGGCCAGCAUGGAGGAAGCCACUAGAGAAUCCAUCCUGUUCUGUCUACCUGUCCUAGAACCCCUAUCCAAACUCUCUAGCCCCUGCUCCCAUCCAGCAGCCAGUGAGGGUAGGAGAAAGAUGCAAUUAACACUAUGGCAUUUGGCCCCAUGUCCUCUCUGGAGAAGGUUUUUAUAAAGGAGCCAGGACCAAGGCCCUUGGGUCAUGCCCCUGCUGGGCUCCAGAGCCAUAGGGGCUUCCUGAACUGGGAGCAGGAUGGGGCUGUCAUCUCAGAUCCAACUCAAGCUCCUCCAACCACUCAUGCACAAAUGCAACUGCUUCUUGAGGUUUCUCAGCCUAUAGAGGCACACAGAGCUGGAACCCAAGCCUGCAGCCAUUCUCCCACACUGCUGCAAGGCCAUGUCUGUACCCUGGGGCCUCUUCUGUCCCAGCCCACUUGUUUUUCCUCCUUCUAUCCCCUAGACCCCAUUCAGUCACUUGGGCUCAGGCCCUUGGAUGCUCUUUUCCCAUGCCCUCCACAGGAGGAGACCUCACCCUACCCUAUAGCUGGGCUGGGGCCAGUAGGUUCUACUAAAGGUGGGGCUGGUGUGUGGUUACCCCCAAGGGACUAUUGCCCUGCCCCUUCACCAGUCCUGGGGAGGCUGGGACUCCCCACCCAAGCCUGGCCAUAGCUCAUAUUCCACUGCUGGGGGAAGAGAGAGGCUGGGCCUAAAAUGUCCUGCCCUUGGGACCCAAAGACCCCUAGGGCCAGACUGGGGCAAAGUGGGGAGGCUGGCAGCUCCCUUUUAUAAAUAUUAUACACAAGA